GAUUUAGCACCUCGGGAGACGCUUCAUUGAGAAAAACACAGAGUGGAGUUUUGUACGCGGAGAUGCAGGCGAUGUAGUGCGGGCAAACGCGAUCGGAACACGACAUUUGCGCACUACGAACUUCACUCGAGAGUGGAGAUCUCUCAAACAUGGACGGCUUUUAUGACCAGCAGGUUCCCUUUGGGGUUCCAGAGAGGAGAGGUCCCGCCGCAGACGAGGGGCGUUUGAACAGCAGAAAAAGGAAAUUUAUGGAGACCGAACUGGCUCAAGACACCGAAGACCUUUUCCAAGAUCUGUUCCAACUUCAGGAGAUCUGGAUUGCAGAAGCCCAGUCUCCAGACGACGAGCAGUUUGUCCCAGAUUUUCAGCCAAAUAACGUGUCUGCGAGUGGCCCCAUGGUGCAGAGGGUGAAGAGGGAGUCCAGCCCCAGCUCCCAGUCGCCCUGCAGGACCCCCCACAGAGACAUGUGCCUCUAUCCAUACAGUGCCUCUUGUGACGCCAAACCCGCCGGACUCAAAGCCCCGCCCCCUCUGCAGAGACAAGCUCACCCAUUGGCUGCUCCGCCUGUCCGUCACUGCCCUCAGACCCUCCCCCCUGCUCCUGCCCCUCCUCCUCCUCCUCACCACGGCCAGAGCCAAACUUUUGUGAUGCCCCACGGACCAGCGCCCCCCAGUGGAGCCUACAGCGCACAGCAACGUUUCCAGAGACAGUUAUCAGACCCCAGCCUACAGUUCCUGCCCCCGGGCGCCUCUGGCUCCUCUGCCUCGUCUCGCCCGCUCUACCAGAGGCACCACUCGGAGCCCCUGGUCCCGCCUGGAGCUCCUCUGUUCAAACAGGAGCUGGUGGACCCCAUGUACCCGCCUCCUGUGCCCGCCUCUGUGCCCGCCCCUGCCCCCCCACAGACGGGCACAUACCCCCUCGUCUCCAUCAAGCAGGAGCCCCGAGACCACGCCUUUGACACGGAUGUCCAAAGCUGCCAAUCCUCCUUCGAUAAGCCUCCGCAUUUGUACAGGAAUAACCACCAUGGAUUCCCACACAGAGAUCCACAGAUGUACUACGACGACACGUGUGUGGUUCCAGACAGACUUGAUGGUAAGCUGAAGUCUGAGGGUUUGCCGUACCAGCGCCGGGGCUCUCUGCAGCUCUGGCAGUUCCUUUUGACUCUCCUGGAAAACCCGAACAACUCCCACCUCAUCGUGUGGACCGGACGAAACAUGGAGUUUAAGCUCAUCGACCCCGAGGAGGUGGCCCGUCUGUGGGGGGUCCAGAAGAAUCGUCCGGCCAUGAACUACGACAAACUGAGCCGAUCUCUGCGGUACUACUACGAGAAAGGGAUCAUGCAGAAGGUGGCCGGAGAGAGGUACGUGUACAAGUUCGUGUGUAACCCGGACGCCCUCUUCUCGAUGGCGUUCCCCGAAAACCCGCGUCAGAACCAGAUCAAACCGGAUCCGGACGCGCAGCUUCCCGUUCCGGACGAGGAGGGCCUGGUGCUGCCCCCUUUCGACGAGGAGGGACCCUACCUGCCCGACGUCACGGAGCAGUGCAUCAUGGAACUUCCGUAUCCCGAGUCCUUUCCGUACCAGAGCAUAACAGACUCUUUUAACUAAACCGUUUUUUAAUUAUUAUUAUUGUUAUUAUUCACACGUUAACAAGUUGUUUUUAAAAUUUACACAAUAGUUAAAUAUUUUCCCGUAUUUUUGACAGACAAUUGUGCUGGAUUCAGUCAAUCGUGAACAGAUUUUUUUUGGUUUAAAUUGCAUUUUCUUGCCAUUUUAAAAAACAGUAUUACAAAUUUUUAUAGUUUUGAUGCAAAAUACAAUCCCAGAUAAUGUUUGAAAGUAGCAUUUUAUACACGGAAAUGACAUAAACUGUAAAUAUAAAUGGACAUGACUAACACGUUUUGAACAGGAAGUGAACGUGGGCGAUUCGUGUGUCAUUCGUUCAUUUGUUUUUCAAUAUAAAACCAAAAAUAAGAAAAUUAAAAAACAAUUUUCUUCAUUAUUUGUCUCCAAAACCAAAAUGAAAAAACAUAACGAUUAAUUUUUUCAGUUUUCGAUUUUUGUGUUUAAAUGAAAAAACGGAUAACGGCCGUUUCCUGUUUGUGACUUAAACUGCGAUGCCAAACCAUUUUUAAUCCUGGUCUAGUCCCAGUCUGGUCCUGGUCUCAAUCACGAUCUGGUCCCGGUGUGAUCCUGGUCUCAGUCCCAGUCCUGGUCCCAGACUCUGUCCUUGUCUGGUCCCAGUCUAAAUCCUUCUCUCAAUCACGGUCUGGUCCUGGUCUCAAUCAUGAUCUGGUCCCGGUCUCAGUCCUGGUCCCAGUCUCAAUCACAGUCUGGUCCUGGUCUGGUCCAGUCCUCAGUCCCCAUCUGGUCCCAGUCUGGUCCUGGUCUCAAUCACGAUCUGGUCUCAGUCCUGGUCUCAGUUCUGAUCUGGUCCCGGUGUCAGUCCCAGUCUCAGUCCUUGUCUGGUCCUGGUCUAAAUCCUGGUCUCAGUCCCGAUCUGGUCCUGGACCUGUUUAGUCCUGGUUCAGUCCGUAUGCGGCGCAAAAGUCCGGCAUCGCAGUUUAAGUCACGGAAACGACAAUCAGUUUUUUCCAUUUUUCAUUUAAACACAAAAUUGAAAACUGAAAAAAAAACAAAUCAUUCUGUUUUAAAUUUUGGUUUUGGAGACAAAUAAUGACGAAAACUGUUGUUUUUUCGUUUUCUUAUUUUUGGUUUUAUUUUGAAAAACAAAUGAACGAAUGACACAGAUUCUGGGCGCACUUCCGGCUUCAUUGAACAUUUAUCUACUUGACGAUAAACAUUCGUAAACUAAAAACACCACAGGAUAAAACAGAAUUCUUGCUAAUAUAUGAAGGUCAAAUGUAUUUUUUUCUGUUUCUCAAAAUAUUUUCCAAAUUUACAGUUAACAUGAAUGGAUUUCUGUUUAUAUUGUAAUAUUUAUGCCCAAAAAUUCUCAGUUUUUGUAGCUCUUACUGUCACUAUUUUGUUAAAAAGCGAAAACAAAGAUGGUAAAUUGUAAGAAAAUUUUCAAGUACUUUGCUGUAUUUAAAAUUUUUGCACAAAUUUCUCAUGAAUCUCCAUUUUAAUUUUAAUACUUUCUUGCUGAAUUUUCAUGUGACGUGGUUCAAGUUUUUCUGUAUUCCAACUCUUGACCAAAAAUUUUAAAAACCGUGUUCAAGUAUUUCUAUCUUAAGGGACUUUGAAACUUGUAUAUUUUCAAAAAUGGUUGUUUCCUAUAAUCGUUUUUUGACAGAAGUUAAUAUUUUUGGCCAAUGUGUCGCUCUAAAAAUGUCUAAUUUCUUUGUUCAAAUGCUUUUUGAUAUAAUUAUUUUGCUUCAUAGAUGUAUAAUUCUGUACGGAGUUCUAUUUUUGCUACAGCUUUGACUCUCCUGACGCUGUACUGUGCCUUCUGUCAAACUUUACCUAAACAAUAAA